GGCAAGAGUACGGGGUAGGGUAGGGGGAGGGGGGAGAAGGGAGGAGAAGAAGGGGGGUGGGUAGCGGAAGCGGAGGUGACCGAUCGUAGCGGAAACAAGCAAAGCGGUCAAGUCUUCCACUUUAUCGCUUGGCGAUCGCUCGCUCGCUCGCAACCGAGGAAAGGAAGAUAGGAGAACAAGGUUGAGAUGCUGAAUUUUUUGUGCCCUUCCAGUGGUCGAUCUCCUUUCUCUUGCCUUCCCUCUGUUCUUCCUCGUCCUUGGUGAGAAGAUUAUUGCGUUUGAUUUGUGGAAGACAUGCGGAAGGGCCGAGUUCCGGCGGCGGCGGCGGCGGCGGCGGUAGAGACGCGGUUCCGUGGCGUCCGGAAGCGGCCGUGGGGACGGUUCGCUGCAGAGAUCCGGGACCCGUGGAAGAAGGCCCGUGUGUGGCUCGGCACCUUCGACUCCGCCGAGGACGCCGCCCGGGCAUACGACGCCGCUGCCUGCGCCCUCCGCGGUCCCAAAGCCAAGACCAACUUCCCCCUCUCCACCUCCUCCUCUCCCACUCCCCAGCACCUCCCUCCCUUCCGCCCCUCCGCCACGCGGUUCCCCUUGGGCCACCGCGGCCACCAGCCCCCGCCGCCGACGCGGCCCACGUCCAGUAGCCACAGCAGCACCGUGGAGUCCUGCAACGGGCCCCGUCUGCCCGCGGCGGCGGCGGCCACGCCGAUCCACCUCCGGACGGCGCACCUCGGGAGGCAGGCCAACCCGCCGCCCCCGCGUGUGCUCGCAGGCGAAAACGACUGCCACAGCGAUUGCGGGUCGUCGUGCUCCGUGGUCGACGACGAUGCCGACAUCGCAUCGGCGUACAGGCAGCCGCUGCCCUUCGAUCUCAACCUGCAUCCCCCGCCCGAGGAUGAUCUCCACGUUACGGUUCUUCGCCUCUGAUGCUGCGAUCCCACAUCUGAGAGGAGAAAAAGGGUCCUUUUAAGACUCUCACGCCCUUGAAGAAGAUGAUGAUGCUGUAGACCAUACUGAGAAGAAGAGGAAAUAAGAGAGAGAGAGAGAGACAUAAAAGACCAGAUACAGAGAGAGAAUGAGAAUGAAGAUGGAAGAGCACGAGGAGAAAAAGGAGAACAAAGUCAGCGAUGUCUUUUGACUUCGACAGAGAGAGCUGCGAGUGUUGAGGAACAAUGGAAAGGAUUGAAGCUGCAACCAAAGGCAAUAAAAAUGUGGAGAACGUCAUGAUACUUUGUACCCUUCGUCGUUUGCUCGUCACCGUUGUGGUCUAACUUGGAAUGAGGAUGUGGUCAAUGCCUAUGCCUAUCCUGCUUGUGAUGUAACAAUCAUGAUGGACACUGUUUGUGAUGCUUCAGAUUUCAAAUGUGUUGUGGACUAAUGCUGAUCUGAUUAACGAUAGAUAAUGAAUCAUAUACUUUGGUA